CGUCUCAUUCGGCCUGGGCCGUACUGCGCAGCGAUUGGGCCUCCUGGGCAUCACGUGGCUGAGGCCGGAUGAUGGCCGGAGCUGGGGAAGAUUCCCGGGCGCUGUUUGGGGCUGGCGUUCGCGCGGCGCUGGAGGCCUGGCCGGCCUUGCAGAUCGCUGUGGAGAAUGGCUUCGGAGGCGUGCACAGCCGGGAGAAGGCCGAAUGGCUGGGGGGUGCAAUAGAGGAGUACUUCUUCCGCAAUGCUGACUUGGAGCUAGAUGAGGUGGAGGACUUCCUCGGGGAGCUCAUGACGAAUGAAUUCGAUACAGUUGUGGAGGAUGGGAGUCUGCCCCAGGUGAGCCAGCAGCUACAGACCAUGUUCUACCACUUCCAGAGGGGUGAUGGGGCUGCUCUGAAGGAGAUGGCCUCCCACAUCACCCAAAGAAAGUGCAGGGUCAGAGCCACUGCAGUUACAACAGCCAGAGAAACGGAUGAAGAUGAUGCGGACAGCGUGGAGGAGAUGGAGGUCACAGCUACGAGUGAUGGGGCAACUACAGAUGGGGUUUGCCCCCAGCCUGAAUCCUUUUGUCCAGACUCCCAGACUAUUAAAGAAGAGGAUAUAGUGGAGGAUGGCUGGACCAUUGUCCGGAGAAAGAAAUAAGUGGGGCUGGAAUGGUUUGGGUCCUUGCUUGCUAGUUGUUUUUGAGACUUGUCUGUAGGGGGUUUGGGGAGGGUGGUGGACUCCUGGACUGGUUGCCCUAUCUCUACCCUCCUCCUGUUCCCCUGUCGAGUUUCCUCCAGGGGAAGAAGAGCCCUAGGGUCCUGGCUCUCAAGGUAGUGUGACCUGGUUCACCACACUCCCUUGGGCCUUAAGUUACUAUCUGCAUGAUGAGGCCUGGUUCCCAGAACAUUGCCUCUCAGGUGCAGUCAGUGUGAAGAGGGAGGGAUGAGCAGGUGAGGGUGUGACUGGAGGAGAAGCUAAACACUGGUUGACAGUGGCCAGUUGGAUCUGUGAAAGGAGAGGACCAGCAAGAACCAGUAGCCCUGCUGGGUCAGGAAUGGUGAGAUGAACUUGCAAACCAGAAGCGAGAUAAGUUGAAGAUGUGAACAAAAAUAGCUGUGGUACCUCUCCUUCUCCCCCUGCCCAUACACACACAUAGCAGCUGUGUACCCCUGCCCAGAAAUUGGAACCUCCCAGGAAGACUCCCUUUCUGCAGCAUAGCCUUCAGCCCUGGGUUCCUUCAGGAAGUCUAAGACUUUGGCUAGGUGGUGAGCUUGGGCUUUGUUUUCCGUCUCCUCCAACCUCUUUCCGUACGUACACUUAUCCAAAUCCAGGGAUGAGGCUUAAAACCUCAGGAAAUAGUACCUUCUUGUUACUAAUCUGCGACUUGACCCAUGAAGAGCCUUGGAAUCAGCCUUUUAGGAGCUGGGCUUCAGAGGUCAGCAAGGGAGCAGUUUCUGGGUCCACCCUAGCAGCUUGUUACAUUGAACAAACAGAUGGACAGAUGGAACACAGCAGUACUCUGAAAGUUUCCAUAAGCCCGAAAUAAACUGUAUUUUUCUUUAAAAAAACAAAA